AUGGCGAGCCACUUGAGGUCGCCCGCCCGGUGGACCCCGCUGGGAGACCUCUGCGCGGGAAGGCAUCGCGGGAGCUGCUUUCCGGCGCGCUCGAGGGCGGGAUGCGCCGGGCGCGGCGGCGCGAUCCACGGCCAGCCCGCGCCGAGGGGCCCGCCGGGCUGGAGGCGCCUGCCCGUGAAGCCGGUGGUGGCGGAUCACCGUGGAGGGACCGGGUGCCACGCCAGUGCAGCGCAUGUGGGCUCGCUGUCAAAGCGGCCGGGAGGCCAGCAGGAUGGAUGGGCCGUCCUUGAGCGCGUGGCCGAAGUCGUGACGACGCUGUUUCCCGUGUGGGUGUGUUUGGGAGUUGCUGUUGGAAUCACAAGGCCCUCAGCGGUCACGUGGUUCACCAGCGACCUGUUCACCAGUGCGUUGGGCUUCCUCAUGUUGUCGAUGGGUCUCACAAUGACUUUUCAAGACUUCAAGAAUUGUGCGAGGAGGCCGCUUCCUGUCAUCGUUGGGUUUUUUGCACAGUACCUAGUUAAGCCAAUGCUGGGCUUUGCUUUGGCUAGGGCGUUACACCUGAGUCCAGCACUGGCGACAGGUCUCAUCCUCGUGGCUUGCUGUCCAGGGGGUCAGUCCUCCAACGUCGCAACGUAUAUCGCCAAUGGUGAUGUUGCCCUAUCCGUGCUGAUGACGACAGCAUCGACGAUUGGUGCCAUACUGAUGACGCCCUUGCUGACAAAAUUGUUGGCUGGCACUCUGGUCCCCGUCGAUGCCAUGGGGUUGGCCCUGUCAACUCUACAGGUCGUCCUGGUGCCCACCCUGGUGGGGGUGAUGCUGAAUGAGCUGGCGCAUGAGACAGUGAGGAAGAUCACCCCGAUCCUGCCUGUCAUAGGCGUUGCACUGACCACCAUCCUCACUGCCAGCCCUGUUGGUCAGUCAGCUGCUGUGCUCAAACUCAACGGCCUGAAGCUUGUGCUGCCAGUCUUCCUGCUGCAUGCACUUGCAUUCCCAUUGGGCUACAUUCUCAGCAGGUUGUCACACUUCCCUGAAAGGGAGUGCAGGACCGUUUCAAUUGAGACAGGCAUGCAGAGCUCCGCCCUGGGCUUCCUGCUGGCGCAGAGGCACUUCAACGACCCGCUGGUGAUGGUCCCCUCCGCUGUGAGUGUGCUGUUUCAAGCAGGGCUUGGGUCCGCCCUCGCUGUCUUCUGGAGAAACCUGCCGGUUAGGGCUGACUCGUGUCACAAGCGAUCCCAAAAGAGUGGUGAGGAGGAAGAGGGCAAUCUGCAGCUGAAGCAGGCGUGA